GAGCUGGCCAAGCACGGCCCGAUGCUACCCCCUGACAUUAUGGGUCUCACGGACGAGCAGGUCCAAGAGCUCAAACUCAAGGACGAAUGGGCUGACAGGUGCGUGCCCAUGGGCGGCUGGACUUUCAACAAAGACCAGAUCGGUCGUAGGAACGGCAGGCAGCCCAACGAGAAGAUGCAGGAAGUGCUGAAGAGAACCAUCGAAGACGCGCGUGCUAUGACGUCAAAAAAAUUAGUGCAGCAGGAGAAGCUGGUCACACAGAAGACGGUCCAAGAGGCUCUGGACAUACUAAGAGGUGCUGUGACGAUUGUUUAUCCGAUGGGGCUUCCGCCGCACGAUGUGAUACGUCAGGAAUUUGAGAAUACUGAGGAUCUCUCCGGCACUCAGGCGUCCCUCGAGGUAAUCGACGAGCAACUGGCUCAGCUGUGGUUUUCCGGCAAGGAGUUAACACCGGGGAAGAAGAUGAAGGAUUUCCUCGGUAAUAACGAGAAGACCAAGAUAAUCGCGAAGCUGCAGAAGAGAGGAUCCGGUAGACCGGCGAGGGAGCCGUUAAUGUCGGAAGACGAGCGGAAACAAUUGAUGUUGCACGCGUAUCGCCGUCAGGAACAGCUCAAGGUAAGUGGCUUUGCAUGCGCGCCGAUUAGGAAUGGGCGAUGCUGGAAUCGGCGUCCGAAUAAACGAUUCAGAAAAUUUGAUCUCUCC